UUGAGCGCACAUUUAAGAAGCUUAUACAAGCAGUUGAAAGCAAAUAAAAGCAUCUAAAAAGCGAAGUGAAGAGACAUCCAAAGACAAAAAAUGACAAAAAGUGAAUCAUGUUUCCUAAAGUAUAUUAUCCCACUAACAGUUAUUCCCGUUUGACUCAUAUAGGAAGAAGGCUGGGUAGUAUGUCGAGCAUUCAGGAAGAAAGCAAGCAUGCAACCGAAGAACAUGGAGGGAUGGGAAUCGAGCUAUGUUUAUGACAGUGAAUCUGCAAGUGGUGUGAUGGAUCCGAUAAUAAUCCAUAAUAAUAAUUAUAAUCAUACAAACAGAAACAGCUUCUUCCCAAAGAAAUUGCUAUGCAAGCAAGAAAUCGAAUCUGAAGCAUUAUUGGCGGCUAACUACUCACUUAUUACUGAUACUUUCCUACAACUCCCUCAACUUGAAAGCCCCUUGUCUACUAAGCGAACCAUCUCUAUUGUCUCUCAAAACAACAACAAUAGUAGCAACUCUACUACUACCACUAUUGGGGAGAUUAAUAAUAUGAAUAAGGCGUCCAAGGUGACAGAUUGGAGAGAAUUGGACCAGUUCGUGGCUUCACAACUAAGUCAAGAUCCAAAAACACUCGACGACCACGAUCAAUCUCUUAAUCGCCAUCUUUCGAGCUUUAGCCAUACCUCUGAUUUAGAGGCAUUGUUGCUUUUGCAUGGAGGUGAUGAGAGAGAAGAGGAGGUCAUUGAUGCAGGCAAGUUGAUAAGUGGUUUCAUAAGUACUUCAAGCUCUGCUGAUAGUGAUAAUAUUGGCAUAUGCAUAUUCGACAAAUUGAAUCAGGAUAUCAACUAAUAGCAAAAUAGAAAUACUUUACAUCCAUAUCUUUUAUUUUAUGCUAUUCUAUAUGUGUGGUGGCCAGAUAAUGCACCUAAAAAUGUAUGUAUACGGAUGUAAUACGAAUUCUUAUUGUAAAAUUCACUAAUUAUGCAUACAUGAUACGUAAAUAUAUAGCAUAUAGGUUAUAUUGAUUAUUACGGAGUACUUAUAUCCGUAUAACUGUAUAAGUUAUUUCUAUCAUUUUUUCACAGUAAAAUUGAAUAGAAGGCUAGGGAGCUGGAAACUCAAAACUUCUCUCUUAGAAAAAGGAAAAGGAAAAUUGUUGGAUCGUAAAAACGGGGCCCAUGGAUUGUCUAGCGUGCUGGGCACAAAUGUGGUUUAUGUUUGGCAUGCUUGUCUUUUUCAUACGAAGAAGCUAGUACUCGGUAUAAUACAACAACCCUCUUCCCCAAAUGGGAGGCCUAAGCCAAGCAUGGACUGUAUAUAUAUAUUUUGGCCAUUAAAAGGUCCUUGCUUGCAAUUUCUAAAUAGUUAGAGCUACUAGCUAGCUAAUGUGGAGCUACAAGGUUUGUAGUUUUGAUGAAACUACAUAGCUCUACAAAACUAUGUAGUUUCACUAUACCCAAAGCCACUUUAA